AUGGCAUUUGCCCAACCCGGUACACACUCGCACGGAUUGUGCGGGAAGAGCUUGGACACAGCACGACUGAAGCAACGGUUAGGAUCAUUGUUAUUUGAUAUCCAGUCAGGCUCAGACCAAUUUGAAAGUUUGUGGGACCGGUGGUAUGCGCCGGAAGAUGCGCAGGACAGCUUACCGUUUGGUGUCCUCGACAAGCCGCAAACGGCAGCACCACCUGUAACACCGCCUACGAAUAUAUGUGACUAUAUUGAUUCAAACUUUAGCCAGUCUGUGCAGAUGAAGAUGAACCCACCACAAGCUAGCCAGGACGUUGAAAUCGAUGCAAUACUUGAAGAGUCUGCCCAAAAGUUUGAUGCCAUGGCAGUUGGGAGCCGCAACAUUCCAGCACGUUUCUAA